AAAGACCUUGAUUAUUCCAAGUGCAAACGCUAUGAGCAAUGUGUUCAAGACGUACUAACUUCUAUAUUCCAAAUGGCACAUCCUUUUGAUGUUGAUCAAGAACAUUUGAUAAAUUUGGCAAGUGGAGUAGAGUUAGAAACCACUGUGGCAGAUCGACUUCUAUCUGCAGAGCAACUGGGUGAGCGGCAGUUCUCAGAAUUUUCUAAAAACAACUUGUUUUCCGACAAUCCGGAUAUUUUCACAAAAUUGGAGCGCAACAGCAUUGAAACGUUCUCUGGAAGGAGGAAACAAGUACAGAGUGGCCAAAAAGGGAAGGAAAAAAGCAUCAAAAUGAACCGGAAUUUUUUUGCCAAGCUUUUAGUCAUAGCAAAAAAUCGUGAGGUCAAUUUGAAGGAGGUAUUAUCAUACAGUCUCGGAUCGUUUCCUCUUUCACUUGCAACACCAAAUGGAGGACUCGUAAAAACUGCAAAGUCUAAACUGCUUGAAAUUUUGGAGAGAGAAGCAGACAAUCCAGAAGUCGAUAUUCGCAGCUUUCACAACAAUGCUCUUAUAGUAGAUGCAAUGGCUGUCUUGCAAGUUAUGAAAGGAAAGUGGAAGACCUUCGGUGAAUUAUCUGACUCGAUAUUUCAAUUUCUUCUGAAAGUCGCAUUUCAAUGUAAUGCUACAAGAUUGGACUUCGUCACAGAUCGAUAUCCAAAAUUGAGUAUCAAGAACGCUGAAAGAAAGAGACGGGCCGAGAAAGGAGUUCAACGAAUUCGAAUUUUUGGUAAAGAUCAGCCCGUUCCAAAGCAGUGGAAAAAAUUCUUAAGUUGUGGAGAAAACAAGGAGUCCCUUAUGAUUUUUUUGUGUGAACAUUGGAAAGAGUAUAAAUCAUCUCAACUGACGCAAGUUGAAAAUUUAUAUAUUACUACAAAAGAAAAAUGCUAUGUACUUUCUUGUUCAGCUUUUGACGAGGACCCGGUUUUAUGUUGUGAAUGCAGUGUGCUAGAAACAUGCAAUGGGCACUAA